UUUCAUUGUUGACAAACAAUACAACUAUUUGUUUACACUUUAAUUGUUAGCCGUAUAAUGUGUAUCAUUUUAUGUGAACGUUUCGAUUUUGAUAUUAUCAAAUGACUCUGCAUGCAGAAGAGAUAUAAACACACGGUGAGAGAGAAAAACUACAGUGAUUUUUAUCUGUUACACACGUUACAAUGAAAACAAUAUCGAUAUAAGGAAAACAAAACAGAGAAGGAAGUAAAAGUGAAAAACGAGUAGAACAACAAAAAAAAAACAUUAAAAAAAUUCACACGAAUUCGCAUCAAUUUGGGCGCCGAGCUAUGCACAUGAAUAAGCUUUUCCGAAUCGUUCAUCGUCCGGUAUGAUAUUGGUUGUCAUUAUUAUGCGACUGAUUGUCGCCGGUCCAAUUUCACCGAUUAAAUACCUUCUCCUUUUCAGAUAAUUUCAAUUGAUUUCCAAAUGAGCGAUUCAUUGUUGGCGCCGUCGUUGUCAUCGUCAGCAGCAACAACAUCAGUAUCAUUAUUACAAAAGAGUCUGAUCUCGAAUUGGCGCCUUUUGAUGUUUCGACACAUUCAUAAGGUGAUAUUCCUGAAAAUCUAUAUUAAAUAAAAAUACGACGUGUGCCGUGCCGCCUUCCGAAGAUCAAAAAAUCUUAAAGAAAACAGGGGAAACGAGCACCAAUCACAGAGGCCACGGUAGGAGGAGCAAACGCGUUCAUGUGAUUUCAUUUAUUGUUGUUGUUCAUUGAAACGUACACCAGUAUACGAGGCCAAGCGAAUGUAAUAGCAGCACUGAUAAUUCGACGGAAGAAUCAAACGGACAUGCGCGCGCAUAUCAAACAAUAUCCAGAAAGAACCUCAACAAAUAUACACACGCAUGCAUCACACAUCAUACCACAGCGUACAACCAUCAUCACCACCACCACUACUACUGCCACUACUACUGCUGCUAUCAAAAUCGUUACCAACAAAUAUGUGCAUGUGAUGUAUCGUAUAUUGAAUCGUAAGCGAUCUGUACUGUUUUGACGAGUGGCUCGUAGAAUGCAUGACGAGUUUUCUUUUUUCGUUAUUUGGACAGUUUUAACGUUGUUGUAAUUCAAAAUCGUACUCAUACUGUUUCGAACCAUUCUUGCGCUCGGUUUUGUUUGUUAUUCGUUCCGUUUGUAGAUCGCUCUAGAUUGGUGUUUGCGGUGCCAACUAUAUAUACUAUAUAUUUAAACGCGGUAUUUGGAUUUCGGUGGAUUCUGUUUUUAUUCUUGAAAAUAUCAACGGAAAAACGUGUCACAAUAUUUAUACUAUGUUUUCGUUUAUUUUGUGGUAAUUUUUCUCGAAAAAAAAAAGAAGAUCGAAAUAAACAAAUAACAGAUUAUUAUGUAUAAAAAGAGAGAUAAAAACAAUUGACCAACCAAUUGAUUUCUGGACAAAUUGUGUUUGUUUGUGUAUUUUUUGAAGUGUUGAAACGAAGACUUUUACCUUCAUUCAAUAGAAAAGAAUAUAGUAACACACACAAGUUAGUGUUUGACAAACGUUAAAAAAAAUAUAAGUGCGAAAACGAAAUAGACUAGAAGAAAUGUUGGAAUUCUUUCAUCCGCCAAACAUUAACCAACAAUCUGAAUUGAUGCAAGGACAUCCGGAAAAUAUAUCAACAACAAUGCCGUGUCACGAACGAACCGGAUUAGGUGCUGUAAAAUGCGAAAAAACUUAUGAACUAUGCGAGGGUUGCGGUCAAAAAAUCCACGACAGAUAUCUUAUGCGAGUAGGUGAUGCAAGUUGGCACGAACAGUGUUUAUCGUGUUGCGUUUGCGGUGUACCACUAGACCAUUCUUGUUAUGUGCGAAAUUCAAAAUUGUAUUGCAAAACGGACUAUGACCGAAUGUUUUCCAUCAAGUGUUUGCGAUGCGGUGACCGAGUUCAGCCAAAUGAUAUGGUGAUGCGAGCGCAAAAUUAUGUAUUUCAUUUGACAUGUUUUGUAUGUUGUGUAUGCUGUCAACCAUUACAAAAGGGCGAACAAUUUAUAUUGCGCGGUGGUCAAUUGUUUUGCCGGCAUGAUUUUGAAAAAGAUUUGUACUUAUCGCAACAUCAUUGUCCGGACGAUGAAUUUUUAAUGGAUGAUAUGCGACCCAGAGACGGACGACGCGGACCAAAACGACCACGAACGAUUUUAACAUCGAGUCAACGUCGACAAUUUAAAGCAUCAUUUGAAAUGUCACCGAAACCAUGCCGAAAAAUUCGCGAAGCAUUGGCCAAAGAUACUGGUCUCAGUGUGCGAGUUGUACAGGUAUGGUUUCAAAAUCAACGUGCUAAAAUGAAGAAAAUUCAACGAAAAUCGAAACAAGACGGUGAUAAAACAUCGGACAAAGAUAGCUCCAAAGAUGAUAAAGACUAUUUGGGCAAUUCAAAUGACAGCUUUUGCAGUUCGGAUAUAUCGUUGGAUGGUAGCAAUUUCGAUAAUUUAGACGAGGCCACAUCGGAUACAUUGUCAUUGCAAAAUUUAGAUUUGCAUGCAUCGCAUAUACACAAUAAUUUACUGGAUGGGACAGCAAGCGCAUCAAAUACAUCAAACAUUGGCAAUGUUAAUCCAAUUGAUAAAUUAUAUCUUAUGCAAAAUUCUUACUUUAAUUCGGAACAAUGAAAUUUACUCGAAUAUGGUCGAAAUCGAAAAGCGAUCGAAAAUGUAGCAAACAUGCUGCUAUGAUUUCAAUUAAUAUGGCAUAUUUAAAUGCGAUUUCUAUUUCAAUAUGAUUAACAAACAAACACGCACGUAUGUAAUUCCCUUUAUUUUAUAUUGACUUCAAUUCAACCAGGUAUGCUUCCGUGGUAUCAUUGAAAAGAUUAUUAUUAAUUAAAUUCGAUUUGUAAAUCGCAACAAUUUGAAGAGGAAAAAAGAUGGGGUUUUUUUCGAGUAAAAAAAAAGAAAUUCUAUAUGUUAAUUCUAUACGCUAGCUUUAUUAGCUUUGUUUUGACAUCGUCAAAAGCAUUAAAUAUAUAUUUACAAUUUACAUUUAUGCAACUAUAUUUAUUUUAGAAUGGGUAACAAGAGAAAAAUCAAAGACAAAAAAUUAUCGAAUUUAUUUGAUUCAGUAGUGUAUUUAAUUAAAAAAAAAAUCGAAAACUAACCGGACAGAUGUGUGUAAAUCGAUUCAUAUUUUUGGGGGGUAAAUUGAAGUUAAAACAAAAACAAAAAAUUAUUCAAACCCAAACGAUCGACCAUUCUGCAUGUAGCUGUACCAACAUGCGAUGUAAGUAUUUAAAAACAAACUUGACAUCAUGAAUUAAAUUGACGCAAAAGUAAAAGAACCAUUGGAAUUACUUACGCUGCUGUAUAUGGUCAAUUCGCCAAAAAAAAUUUUGGUCCGUUCCAUUUAUUUAUUUAUUUUUCCUCUCCAAAAUCUAAUUUUAAGAAAGAAUCAGCAAAUUCUAUUAAAAUUUUAUACACUUCGAAAAAUAUGUAUGAUUGUGAUUCACUCUAGUCAUAAUUCUUAAUGACACAAAAAAAAUGGGAAUAACAAUGAGAAAAAAACGUUAAAAAUGUAAGACAAUUUCCCAAAAUGAAAACCAAAAAAAUAAACAAUAAAUGAAUGAAAUCCUGUAUAAAUUAUAUAUUGAAGUUAUUUAAAUCAUUGAUUUGACUAGGAAUUAAACGAUAAAAAAAGAGAAAAUACAAAUAUUUAAUUGAAAAAUAAAUGCAACACAAAAUGCGCAUAUAUUCUGUAGAUUUGGUA